GCGGAGGCCCGCGUCGCGCAGGUGUCCCCGAGCUCAAGAACCUCUGCGCGGCUCCCCGCCGCCACUUCUCGGACGAACUCCGGCUGCGAAUCGGGUUAGAAAUAAGUGUUUACAAUCGCUUGCGGUUACUAGAUGGCUUUGGAAAACUUUGUAGCUUUACAACAACCUUUAAGGAGUUUGCGAGGUGUCACAGUGUCCCUGGAAGUGUCCGAGAGCCCUGGCAGUGUCCAGGUGGCCCGGGGCCAGACAGCAGUCCUACCCUGCGCCUUCUCUACCAGUGCCGCCCUCCUUAACCUAAACGUCAUUUGGAUGGUCAUUCCCCUCUCCAAUGCAAACCAGCCUGAGCAGGUCAUUCUCUAUCAGGGUGGACAGAUGUUUGACGGUGCCUCCAGGUUCCACGGGAGGGUAGGAUUUACAGGCACCAUGCCCGCUACCAAUGUCUCCAUCUUCAUCAACAAUACACAGCUGUCAGAUACGGGCACCUACCAGUGCUUGGUGAAUAACCUUCCAGACAGAGGGGGCAGGAACAUUGGGGUCGCUGGCCUCACAGUGUUAGUCCCCCCUUCUGCUCCGCACUGCCAAAUCCAAGGAUCCCAGGACAUUGGCAGUGACGUCAUCCUCCUGUGUAGUUCAGAGGAAGGCAUCCCUCGGCCCACUUACCUUUGGGAGAAGUUAGAUAAUACGUUCAAGCUACCUCCCACAGCCACUCAGGAUCAGGUCCAGGGAACAGUCACCAUCCGGAAUAUCAGUGCCCUGUCUUCCGGCCUGUACCAGUGUGUGGCUUCUAAUGCCAUCGGGACCAGCACCUGUCGCCUGGAUCUCCAGGUUAUCUCACCCCAGCCCCGAAGUGUUGGAGUAAUAGCUGGAGCUGUUGGUACUGGUGCAGUUCUUAUCGUUGUUUGCGUUGCACUAAUUUCAGGGGCAUUCCUUUACUGGAGAAGCAAAAAUAAAGAGGAAGAGGAGGAAGAGAUUCCUAAUGAAAUCAGAGAGGAUGAUCUCCCACCCAAAUGCUCUUCUGCCAAAGCAUUUCACACAGAGAUAUCCUCCUCAGAAAACAACACGUUGACCUCUUCCAAUACCUACAACAGUCGAUACUGGAACAACAAUCCAAAGCCCCAUAGAAACCCAGAGUCAUUAAACCACUUCACUGACUUACGCCAGUCUUUCUCUGGCAACGCCGGCAUGCCAUCCAUCUAUGCAAAUGGGAGCCAUCUGGUCUCUGGCCCACAGAAGACUCUGGUAGUGACAGCCAACAGAGGGUCAUCACCCCAGGUCAUGCCCAGGAACAAUGGUUCAGUCAGCAGGAAGCCUUGGCCUCAGCACACACAUUCCUACACUGUCAGCCAAAUGACCCUGGAGCGGAUUGGUGCAGUUCCUGUUAUGGUGCCUGCUCAGAGUCGGGCGGGGUCCCUGGUAUAGGACACUUGAGGAUGCUGUGUUCGGAAGAUAGAGGAAUGAAACACCUCCAGACAAGGGGAAGA